CUUCUUCGAAACAAUUAUUAGUUCGACCUUAUAAUGCGAUUACGACAUGGCAAUCGACUUUAAAUUGAGCAGAAGCGAUGCGUCAGACGCCGUGAAUUUAUAGGUUCGUAAAAAUUUGUCGUUGUUUCGAAGAGUAUAUCGCUCUUUUAUUUUUAUAUCCACCAGCGCAGAAGCGAAGAGAUAGCUCAGAGUAAGUCUAGGACAUACCCUUAUAUUGCGUAAAUAUUGAUAAUGUCGUUCUCAGUCUCGGUUGACGCGGGGUUAUUAUUGAUCCUACAGCGGAAUAUAUUCUCUAGGGGAAACCGGGCGUUUAAGCCUCUUUUUAUUUGCCAGCGAUUGAAAUGUCAAACCAUAUAUUUGACAUUAGACGCGUGACGAGGUUUUCGAGAGAACGAAGGGGAGAGUUCGUUAAACAUCUGUCGUAUAAAGGAGCGAGACGGAUCGAAGAUACGGAAUUUUUGAGACGCCCGACCGAUAUCUUUUGCACGUAACUUUUUUUUAUUGUCGUCGCGAUAAAUAUAACAACUAAAUCCGAGGAGGGAAUUUGCACGCGAGUGCUGAAAGUAUCCGCGGAUCUUCGUGUCAUUCUGCCGUGUCUCUCUUCCCACGCGAGAUCUCGAAUCUCUCUAUCGAUCGUGUCGGGCUCGUCAGACAUUUAUUCUCACGACAAUCUCCUAGGAAUGACACUAUGAAAGGAAAAGGUCACGACGCGACCAUACAAGGUUUUGCGAAGCAGUACCCCGGCUGUAUAUUAUAUAGCAGGAAAAAGUCGGGAGGAACGACGGUCGUCGGAGGGUCGAGACCGGGUCGUGGAAUUCUAUUGAGGACCCUCGUGUUCGUCUUCCUGGUUACGUUUCUCUGGCUUCAGCUUCACGUGAUCAGUUUAACGGGUCGAGAUGAUUCCGGGCAAUCGUCGACGAAUGAGACGCUUUAUUCCCUCGUACCUCAAGAAUUGCACAGAUUUUUGAAGGAGGGACGUAACUCGUCCACAAACUUGACGAAUGCCAGUUCGGGAGCGCUCACGGACUUGGAGAUCGCGGAAAUUCGGCGGAAGAUCGAGCGGGCGAAUGCGGAGCAAAAAGUGUAUAAUGAGGAGGCGUUCGGGCCGUUAGCCAGCGACGCACCGAUUAUAGUUAUCCAAGUGCACGCCCGGCUCACUUAUCUGCGGCACCUUAUCGUCUCGCUCGCGCAGGCUAAGGACAUUGAACAGGCCCUUCUCAUAUUCAGCCAUGAUAUCUGGCAUCCGGAUAUCAAUUAUCUCGUGCAGAGUGUCGAUUUUUGCCGGGUCAUGCAGAUCUUCUAUCCGCACAGUAUACAGACACAUCCUCGCACGUUUCCCGGCGAGGGACCCAACGAUUGUCCGCGAAAUAUUCGCAAAGAACAGGCCUUAAAUUUAAAGUGCACCAACGCCAAACAUCCGGACUUGUACGGCCACUACAGGGAAGCUAAAUUUACGCAGACGAAGCAUCACUGGUGGUGGAAGGCGAACAGGGUCUUCGAUCAAUUGUCGGCAACGAGAAAUCAUAGCGGGAUGGUCCUCUUUCUCGAGGAGGAUCAUUACGUUGCCGAAGAUUUCUUACACGUGCUCAGACUUAUGGAGCGCACUUGCAAGCUCAGUUGCGAGAGAUGCAAUGUUCUGUCGUUGGGUACAUAUUUAAAGACGUACAACUAUUUUGCGGAUUUUAGUCGUAAGUUCCUCGGCGUCGAUAGCGCUCUCCAGAAGGAGCUGCUUCGUGGGCUAAAACGACAGGAGAUGUCCGCGGCGAUGUUGCAGAAGCAGCAGAUCGGCAAUGGAAUCGGCGGCGGCACCACCGGUGUUGGCGACAGCACGGUUAAUAAUGCCGGUAGUAACACACCCGGAACCCGUAACGGAAGUACCGGAAGCGGCGGUCGAGGCAGCAACGGCGGCGGCAGCGGCGUGUCCUCCACCUACUAUCAGAACGUGAACUCGGUGCAACCCGCGUGGGCCUUCCAACUCCUGCCUAGUCUCUACAAUCAUUAUCAGAAGGCGGAAGUGACGCCAUGGAUAUCUAGCAAACAUAACAUGGGCAUGGCGUUCAAUCGCAUCACGUGGAACAAACUACGAAAAUGCGCUGCGCAGUUUUGCUCAUACGACGAUUACAACUGGGACUGGAGUCUGCAGUACAUCGCGCAAACGUGCCUGCCGCCUAGUCGAGGUGCCGGAAUAACGCCUCGCGCUGAAUCCGGCUUGAUCACGAUGACGAUGAGAGCUCCGAGAGUCUUCCAUAUCGGAGAAUGCGGAGUGCACCACAAGAAGAACAAUUGCGAGUCGACAGCGGUGAUAGCGAAAGUCCAAAACGUUUUGAAGGCGGCGCGCAAUCAUCUGUUCCCUUCGCAAUUAACAUUGACGAUCGCCGGGACGGCGAAAAAGACGAAACUCCGCAAGGGCAACGGUGGUUGGGGAGACGUACGGGAUCAUCAGCUUUGCUGGAAUAUAUCUGUACAUCCGGAUCUAGUUCUGCCCUGAAGAGCUAGAUUUAUAAACUUUGAUUGGUUCCGUUAAUAUAACGUAUUGCAAAUUUACAAAUUUUGGAAUACGAAUCACUAGCUACUAAAUUAUCGUGGUAUGUUUAUCACGAGAAUCUAGUAAUUUUAUUCAGCGAUACCAAUCUUACUGGAUAUUUAAUAAUGUCUGAUAAGAUGGAAGAGUAAGAAGGAUUGCUAACAAAUGUCCGUCGUUCUACAAAUCGAUUUCGAAUUGCGCUGAACGUAUUGUGCUGACUGUCUCUGUCAGUCAUGCUCGUAAGACCGCUGUCACUGCCAGGAAUAGAAGGUUUCUUCUGCAAGCAUUCAUGGACGUUUUAUCGAGGUGAGACGUAAUAUUGCACAUGAAGUGACGAGAGAGGAUUUGACAGUGAGUUUACAUUGGUGCUAUUCUGAUAAAAAAAGGAAUUUUUUUAUAAUAUAUAUAUUUAAUUUGCCAAUCUGCUACAUCGCGCGUCCGUCGUACCGAUGCAAAUAAUAAAGACAUUAAUAACUAAUUGUAAGUCGCAGAUAAAUUAGCGAGAAAUAGAUUUCGCCCGGAUAAAAAGGCGAAAUUUUGAAGUUGACAAAGAGGAGAUUUACUUACUUAGCAUUGCGCCGUUCACAGAAAUAAAUGUGAUAAAAGCGUUGAUAAUAAAAGACAUCGUAUAUUCUCAUUUUAUCGUAUUUCAAACUGCUGCUCACGAAACAUGCGUACUCAUAGAAAGAGUAAUCUUUCAUAGUCUUACAGAACGAUUGUUCAAAAUACAUGAUAGACAAGUACGUUUGAUUAAGCUUAAAAAUAUGUAUUAUUCAAUACAAUAUUCUAAAGGCCUAUAUAUGACAAGACAGCAGAAACGACAAUGUAUUUAAUUUCCAUAUCGCCAUUUCUGUGACGGAGACGCAAGCAAGCUUGUAAUGUAAAGUUAAAUCAAGGCGAUACAUAGAGACAAGAAGGGGAUAUACUUUGUAUAUUUCUGUAACAUCAUGAUGAAAUUAGCGUCUCUGCUUCCUGACUAGCUUCUAUCAAUUCUUUUUGAGAUGUAACGCUGGAAAUGAUGUUAAUCAGCAUCGUAAUGUCGAUUAUGAAAUGCGCUCAUCAUAUUCUAGUCAAUGUGUAUAACGUAAUGCUGAAGCUGCAAAUAUUUAAUAAUCGACCGUAGAGAGUAAGCUCGUAAAAUUUAAGGAUUCAUACCUACUGCUAGUGAUACGCCCGUAAAGGCGCUUUAACGUCUUGUAACGACCUCGGGGAUACGAACGUAAUGAAUGUCAUGUACCUUUUAUAUUUAUAACAAUAAAACAACAUACAACGAAAUAGUUAAAUUCGCUAAA